UUGAAGCUCAUAGCCGUCUGCUGAGAGGCAUCGAAAUCAGAAACAGACGGUAACUGAAGCUUAAGGGCCAGUUCUGCUCUCGAUGUGUCGCGAUUCUUUACCUCUGCACUGCGUUUCUUCACUGGCAGCGACGUUGACAAAAUCUUUCGCCGUCAUUAUCCACUCUAAAAAUAAACCUAGAUCACAGCAUAGAACUAACAAGUUGUGCGUUCCGAUUAGUUAGUUGCAGGACAGUGCGUAUAGCUUUGGACUGCGUGAAUAAGUAUUUUCAGUGAAAUUGUGUAAGAACACACUGUGGUUUCCCCGAACUGCAUUCGAUCGUGUGUAUUGGAAACUAAAAUGACUACGGAAAGUUUAAUCGAAGAAACGAUACAAACAAAAGUAUGGUUCACCACACUGGAUUAUGUCAUAUUCUGUGCAAUGAUGCUGCUAUCGGCAGUUAUUGGAUUGUAUUACGGAUUCUUUGCCAAGCAGAAGCAAAAUAAUACGGCAGAAUAUUUACUAGGAAGUAGGCAAAUGAAAGUGUUUCCGGUAGCAAUGUCACUGACCGCCACGCACAUCUCAGCCGUGACAAUGCUGGGCGUUCCGGCGGAGAUGUAUCGCUACGGCAUCCAAUACUGGGCAUGUUCCAUAUCGGGACUGAUCGUUACGAUUUUCAUGGUGUACAUAUUCUUGCCGGUAUUUUACGAACUGCAAACAACCUCCUGCUAUGCGUAUCUGGAACAGCGCUUCAGUAAACGUGUUCGACGGCUAGCCAGUUUCCUGUUCAUGUUGUACUGCCUACUGAAUGUCCCUGUACUUAUCUAUACACCGGCAAUAGCUUUCAGUCAAGUCAGUGGCAUAAGUCUGUAUAUAAUCACGCCCAUCAUUUGCUGUAUAUGUAUUUUCUAUACGACCUUCGGUGGCAUAAGGGCAGUAAUAUGGACUGACACUUUACAAUUUGGAUGUAUGCUCAUGGCACUUGUGGUAGUAAUGACACUUGGGACGUUGCAGUUAGGUGGCAUAGUGAACAUUUUCAAAAUUGCUGAUGCUGGAGGAAGACUGAUUUGGUUCAACAUGGAUCCCGAUCCUUCUUUGCGAUCUUCCUUUUGGUUGGUAUCCGUGGGACUAACAUCAAUGUGGAUUUCAAACAUUGGUGUUACACCGGAAUGUAUACAAAGGUUUUUAACGGUUCCUGACCUAUCGAGCGCCAAAAAAGCUGUUUGGAUUUUCGGCGUGGGACAUAUUCUAGUCAAAUUAUGUUCAGUCUACAAUGGUUUGUUGGUUUACAGCAAAUACCAUGACUGUGAUCCUGUGUACUCCGGUUUAGUGAAAAAGAAUGACCAAGUCUUUCCCUACUACGUACUAGAUGUGGCCCGAAAAAUACCAGGACUUCCCGGACUGUUCGUGGUGGGAGUGUUUUCCGCUGCCUUAUCCUCGAUGUCUUCAUGUUUGAAUACUCUAUCCGGGACGAUUUAUGAUGACUUUGUGAAACCAAAAUUCAAUUUCAAGGAAAAGUUAGCGAGCACAAUCAUCAAGCAAAUGGUGGUAGUAAUUGGCGUGAUUUGCCUUCUGUUGGUGUACGUCGUCGAGAAGCUGGGCAGUGUUUUCAGCUUGGCGAUAUCCGUAUCUGGAGUUACUUCCGGAACCUUACUGGGGAUGUUUUUCAUGGGAAUGUUUUCGCCGUGGAUUAAUGAUAUGGGGGCUUACUGGGGAGCACUCAUUUCGCUAGGAUUUUUGUCUUUUAUCGCAGCUGGUGCUCAAAUGGAAAUUCUGGAAGGAAAUCUAAAGUAUGAAAGCUUACCGCUACGUUAUGACGGCUGUCUUGGAUUCAACUCAACAGGCACGGCAACAUCUACAUUUUACGUUGAUGCCGAGGGACAUGACAAUUCUGCCGUGCCUUGGGUGUUUCGAAUGGGUUUCAUGUACUACUCAUUGCUCGGAACGGUAAUAGCAAUACUAUCCGGUGUCGUUAUAAGCUACAUGACUGGAGGCCAAAAAGAACCCAUUCCUGAUGUCUUGCUGACACCCUGGGUUCGCUCGCUGUACAAACCUGUCCGCUGUGUGGAUGACUACGAGUGUAAAACUGUGAACAAUCAACCAUUAGAACAUAAAGAUUUCGAGAAGAUAUGUAAAUAAUUAAAUCACGGUGUUGACGAAAA